CAACUCAUCUCCAUCUGGUCUGCUUCUAAUGUUGGAAACAUACACUACAUUGCAGUUGCAUCAUGCAGUACCCUGUGUCUCCUGUUUACCCUGACCUUCAAACAUCAUGACACAAUUAGCGAUCCAUUCCAACCGGCUGCUUGCCCAUGGUUAAGCUUUUAUACCGUCCAUCUCCCGUGGUCAUAGAGGAUUCACUCUUCAGCCUUCUUUGGGUCUGUGCUCUUGGGAAGUCCCUGGAAAGGAGAUCCGAUUGGGUUAUCCUCACUUUCUUCAGCCCUGUGUACUUUGUUGUUUCUGCAAGCGCCGGCCCAGACUUCAGUUGUUUUGUCCAGUGUCAGCCGACAGCCAUCACCAACUACAACACUGGUGCUAGUUGAUCCCCGCAGAAACUCUUCUCUCGUGGGCGUGCUUCCUUCGCACCCUAUCAUGCGGGUUCUCCUUUGUCCUUGUUCUGCCC